GGCUCGUGAAUAAGUAACAUUCAUGGAGCUGCUCGGACAGACAGCGACUGUCCCGGCGGCAGCAGCUUCUCCCCCCGGUGUUGCUCGAGUCGAAGCCAGGUAGAAGCCAGUGAUGUCAUCGCUCCUCCUGCCACUUCUGUUCCUACUUCUGCUCGUCAAUGUGGCCUUGAUGCUGGAGUUUCGAUAUCACAGCAACCUGGAGAUGGAGCGCUACCUCCGUCGGAUCAGCACAGAAAACCCUGAUGUAACACACCUGUACAGCAUCGGACAAUCAGUGGCAGGUCAGCAGCUGUGGGUGUUGGCUCUCGGUUCAACCCCUCAUCGUCAUACUGUCGGCAUCCCAGAGUUCAAAUAUGUGGCCAAUAUGCAUGGAAACGAGGUUCUUGGUCGUGUGCUCAUGCUGCAGCUGAUCGAUGACCUGUUGCAAGGCUACAAGAAGAAUGAAAAAUGGGCAGUGAGGCUACUGAACAGCACCCGAAUUCACAUCCUGCCGACGAUGAACCCUGAUGGCUUCGAUAACGCCGACACGAAUUGCUUGUACAGUCAGGGCAGAUUCAACCGUAACGGUGUGGAUCUGAACCGGAACUUUCCGGACCCUUUCGCUGGCCAGCCACCGCACCAGCCGCAGCACCAGCAGCCUCGGGAGCAGAAGAGAGAAGCAGAGGUGAAGGCUAUCAUGGAGUGGCUGAAGACGGAGACCUUUGUUCUGUCAGCCAACCUGCAUGGAGGCGCUUUGGUGGCCAGCUAUCCUUACGACAACAGUAACGGAGGAAGCGAGCUGGUGGGCCAAGCCAGCCUCACCCCUGACAAUGACGUCUUCAAACACCUCGCCAAAGUUUACUCCCUCAACCACGCGUCCAUGCACAGAGGGGACCACUGUGAUGACACGGGUCCCUUCCAAAACGGCAUCAGCAACGGCUAUGAGUGGUACCCUCUUUCAGGAGGGAUGCAGGACUACAACUAUGUGUGGGCUCAGUGUUUUGAGCUGACUCUGGAAGUGUCAUGCUGCAAGUAUCCGCCUGUCGCAGAGCUUCCUGCUCUGUGGCUCGACAACAGGAAGGCUCUGCUGGCUUUCAUCCAGCAGGUGCACCUGGGAGUCAAAGGUCGUGUGCUGGAUGGCUCGGGUGUGCCAGUGCAGGACGCUGUGGUGGAGGUCAAAGGUCGAAGGAACAUGUGUCCAUUCAAAACCAACCUGCAUGGAGAAUACUACAGACUGCUGUUGCCUGGGAACUACAGCUUCACUGUCACAUACCCGGGUCACGAGGUCCUGACAGAGACGCUAACAGUCCCCUAUGGACCCGAUGUCUACUCUGCCUUGAAACAUGACUUCCAGUUGAGACAAGAGGUCAGAACAACAAGCCGUUCUCCAGCCCAGGCCAGCAGCUCCCCCAACGUCACCUGCAACCACACACUUCUCCUGGAGGGUGGAGGAGUCGCAUCAGAACCCACGUGCAGACUGGUCACUUUUGCGCUGGCGCUGGCGCUUGGACUCAGAUCCGGGUGAGAUGUCGCAUUCAAGGACGAUGGAAAUGGCGUCUGCUUAACUUGCACAAAAAGAGCCUUGAAGUUAUUGCCGAUACUUGUUGCCUACAGAGGUCAACUUAGGGUGAAAGGCUGCAGAAAGACCAUUGAACUCUGGGAUACACACAUCACCUAACUAUGACAACAGCUGGAAGUAAAUACCCUCUCAACACAGAGAAAAACUGUUGCGUUUCCACUCGUAACACAGCCGUCUGUUAUUUAUGGGAUCAAAUGCAUUAACAAUACCUCAGGAGACGUUUCUGUUAUCAUGUUUAUUAGCUUCGCUUGCAACACAAUUACAUUUUUUUUAUUGAAGCGCAGUUGCUUGCGGUUUUUAAGUCUGUCUGAGAUCAAGGUCAAUGAAGUAGCACUGUGCAAGCAUUUCAGAAGUGAUGUGUCGAGGUGUGUUGAAACUUUACCUCAAGUGAAAGGCGUCCGCCCUCCUUCACUAAGCAUUUUACCGACCGACUGAACAUAAAUGAUAAUAUACCACUAGCCAGAUUUAGGUGCCAUUGUUGAGUCCAAAGAUGCCGAACAUUUGCUUUACAACACCUACAAUAUAAAGUUUCAUUGUCGGACAGGUUUGUAUGGAUUUAAAAAUAGAGUUCUGAAAGAGAAUUUAGAAAUUACAGCAACCUACAGUGGGAUUUCUUUUGGGCAGAAAUGUGCCUUGAAAACACAGAAACCAAAUAUGCUAACGCAUUUCAGAAUAAAUACUAGUGACUUUGUUUUUAUAUUAAAUGGAAUCUAAAAGAGCACAAAAAAAGCAACAGAUUAUUAAUACUACUUAUUAACGCUUUUAAUACAUUUGGUUCAUUUUCAGUGUUUACUGUACCAAGGUCAGAAAGUUUCCUGUUUUUGACUCGGAAAAUAACAUUUGGUCGAUAAUACAGACGCACUGCUGUCUGACAGAGACAACAGCAGCCCCUAGGCUAACAUAUGUGGAUACUUUUUUUUUUAUAUUUCGAGGACAGACGUGUGCCAUGUUGGAGCUGUUGACUGCAGGUUUCAGUCACACGCUUCUCUUGAAUAUUGCCAAACAUUUGCAAUCGCAGUACUGUCAUUUGUUGAUAAAUAAAGGUAUUAUUUCUGAGAUUUGUUGGUGUCAACUUAACAGAUCCACAGUCUUUCACUUCAUCACAUUCAUUCGGUCAGGAACCACAGACACCAAAUAAACAGAGUGGCGCCAUCAAGUUUUUGAACUUUAAUCACUUCAGACAACACCAAAAAUACCAAUAGAUCCUCUCUCUUCUUAUUUACUCAUUCAAAGUGUCAUUUUAAAUAAAUCUGAGCCUUUAAAAAUAAAUAAU